GUGCAGUGACUCCAGGAUGGACGGAGCGCGUUUGGUUCCAAUUAGAGCGUCUCGACGCUGACCCGCUGCCCUGCGCGCGGUAAUGUGAAACCAAGCCCCCGUGGCGCGCGGCGCAGCGAUCAGGCGAGCGGAGCCGCACAGUUGCGCACUUACACGUUACACGUCCCAUCCCACUCGGGACCCGCAGAAGCUCCGGCGCACGGCGGAGCGACGGCAAUGGCCGAGAAGUAGCCGCUCGAGUGGACCUGUUUUGCCGACCGCCGUUCUCUCGGAGGCUUCCAGCGCACCGCCGCGGCCAUGGGAGGGAUCUGUCAGAGGAGGAGGAGGUGGGGGUGGGCGACUCUGCUGGCGGCCGCGCUGCUCAGCCUCCUGCUCGGAGGGAUGCCCCGGAGCGCCGCGUUCCCCUCGUGGAGGACCGAGGAAGAAGCUUACACCACCGUGUUGCUCAUCGGAAUGCGCAAAGAGGCCCACUCGCAUGUGCUGCACCUCUCCAGGAACAAGCGCUACACCCUCACCCCGGAGAAGCUCAAAUGGGACAAGUUCAAGCUCACCUACAAGUUGCUCUCCUACCCGACAAAUCUGAUCAACGCCACGGACACGCGACGAGGCAUCGCCAAGGCCUUCGCCAUGUGGAGCGACGUCUCUCCUUUCAGCUUCCGAGAAGUGCCAGCGGACCAGGAGGCGGACAUUAAGAUCGGCUUCUACCCGGUCAACCACACAGACUGUCUGCAGUCCUACUUGCACCACUGUUUCGACGGUAUCACGGGAGAAUUGGCCCACGCCUUUUUCCCGCCGACGGGCGAGAUCCACUUCGACGAUCACGAAUACUGGAUUCUGGGGAACAUGCGGUUCAGCUGGAAGAAAGGGGUUUGGCUCACGGACUUGGUCCACGUGGCCACGCACGAGAUCGGCCACGUGCUGGGUCUGAUGCACUCCAGGGAUCCGAAAGCCAUCAUGCACCUGAACGCAACGCUGACCGGACGCAAGCUCAUCACGCAGGACGAGGUGUGGGGUUUGCACCGUCUCUACGGAUGUUUGGACCGGUUCUUCAUCUGUCCGGCAUGGGCUCGGAAAGGCUAUUGUGAAAGCAAGCGCAAGCUGAUGCAGAAGCACUGCCCGUCCAGCUGUGAUUUCUGUUACGAAUUCCCUUUCCCAACUCUGGCUCCCACCCCGAAACCUCCGAGGACCAAACACAAGCUCGUGGUCGAGGGCAAAAAGCUGACGUUCCGCUGCGGGAAGAAAAUCGCGUCGAAGAAAGGCAAAGUAUUCUGGUACAAAGACGGCGAGCUUCUGGAGUUUUCACACCCAAACUACUUCUCUUUGAAGGACGACCACAUCACUAUCGUGGCCAACGCCAUCAACGAGGGCACGUACACCUGCAUCGUGAAGAAGAAAGACAAAGUUCUCACCAACUACUCAUGGAGAGUGCGCGUGCGAUUCUGAACUCGACACGCGGCGCACAUGCUUCAUUCACUUGGGCACAUAUUUCUUUCUUUUUCGACUCUCUGUUCCAUGUACUGUUGACGGUCAUUGUGCAAAUUUCAUGAUGUGAGCAAAGCAAAAUAAAAUCAACAUUCCAUGA